UAUUUUCUUGUCAUUCUUCAAUAGUAAAACUAGAAAUGGAAAUUGUAAAAGUUAAGUGCAGGAACACCUUGAUUUUCAAGGCAUGGAAACGAUGUCUAUCACUAGUAGCUGGCAACAAAAAAUGUUGUUCAUCUUCAUCUACCACUUUCAGUUCAUUGACAAACCGCAAAAAGAAUCGUCAAGUAGCUCCGGAAGGUUGUUUCAGAGUCUAUGUUGGACCUCAAAAACAUCGAUUUGUGAUCAAGACCAAGCUUGUUAAUCAUCCUUUGUUCGCGAUGCUGCUAGAGGAUGCUGAAUUGGAAUAUGGGUACAAAAGUGAAGGCCCUCUUGUGCUCCCUUGUGAUGUUGAUUUGUUCUACAAAGUGUUGGCAGAGAUGGACAGCAGCGAGGAUUUUAGUCCUGGUUGCGGCUUUGCUAAAGGUUAUUCCUUAAUUCUGCCAAGUCCAGCUCGUAGAUGCAACAUUGUUAGCAUUAACAAGGAUCAUGAUGCCUAUAGUCUUCUUAGUCCAUCAAAUUCGAUGAUUAAGAUGAAUCAACUAUGACCAUUUAUUAUAAGAUCAUGCUGAUCUAGCUUUCUUUUUUAGCAUUUGUAUCAUAUAUAUUAUCCAACUUAUCUGUGUGGGUAGAGGGAAUUCUAUACGAAAUGAACAAAAAGAAUACAUAUC